UCUCCAAAACCAUUAAGUAGCUGUCAGAGGUGUCCAACAAAGCGCAAAGGCAACAGGAACAGAAACCAUGACUCAGGUUACCCAGUCUUUUUCACGCAAGAGCUUGUCCAGCUCCAGUUCUCGUCCCUUCACCUCGCUGUCGCUCAGCGGGGGAUACUCCAAGCGCAUCGCCGUCGGUCAUGCGCCAAGUGUCUACGCAGGUGCAGGGGGCUCCAGCGUGCGCAGUCUCAAUUCAUCAUCUGUUUGCCUUCAGAUCAUCGUCGCCAGCCAGGACAAUGCCAGAAUCAUCCUUCAGAUCGACAAUGCCAAACUGGCAGCCGAGGACUUCAGAGUCAAGUACGAGAAUGAGUUAGCCAUGCGUCAGUCCGUGGAGGCCGACAUCGCCGGUCUAAGGAAGGUUCUGGACAACCUCACUAUGACUCGCUCAGACCUCGAGAUGCAGAUUGAGGGUCUGAAGGAGGAGCUAGUCUACCUGAAGAAGAACCAUGCAGAGGAACUCGCAGCUCUUCGCGCUCAAAUGUCCUCCAGCAGUGUAAACGUAGAGGUUGACGCUGCACCUCAGCAAGACAUGGCCCGCAUCAUGGAGGAGAUCCGAUCCCAAUAUGAAGGCGUCAUUGAGAAGAACCGCAGAGAAAUGGAGUCCUGGUACAAGGGCAAAUUCGACGAACUGAGCAAGCAGGUAUCCACCAGACAAGAAGACAUUACAUUGUCCCGCAGUGAAAUCAACGAGCUCAGGAGGACCCUUCAGAGCCUGGAGAUUGAACUACAGUCGCAGCUCAGCAUGAAAGCGGCACUGGAAGGCACACUGAGAGAGACGGAGUCACGGUACAGCCUCCAGCUCAACCAAUUGCAGGCCGUCAUUAACAGUCUGGAGGUGGAGCUUUCUCAGAUGCGCAUGGACAUCGAAAGACAGGGCUGCGAAUACAAACUGCUCCUGGACAUCAAGACCAGACUAGAGAUGGAGAUCGCAGAGUACAGGAGACUUCUGGAUGGAGAGGACAUUCAGAGACAGACAAUCAAAUUUGUAGAGGUUGUAGCUCCUCCUCCCCCUAAGCCCGAACCUGUGGUGACCAAGCGUGUUCGCACAGUAAUCGAAGAAGUGGUUGAUGGAAAGGUCGUUUCUCGCACAGAGGAUGUUGAUGUCGAGGUCAUGAAGAAGUAAAAAUGAGUCAAUGACAGCAAUGAGCUCGGUAAAGCCGGCAUGAAUUUUCAGCCUCAAUACAGCUGAUUAAAUUAUCCCUGUUCAACAUCUCAUGUAAAAUGCCAAGAAAAAUAAAAAAAGACAAGCUGAGAAAUUAAA